GAUGCCUCAGUCGGGAUGCCGGUCGCGCACCCUCUCGUCCAUCCGGUAGCGCGAUGAUCGGUGAACAGCGUGUUCAACGCGUCCCGGGAAGCGCGCAAGGCCGAUUCCGGCUGCUGACCGGUGCCGUGCUGCUGUCCACGAUCGCGGGGAGUGCAUGGACCGACAACCCCGUCGCAUCCGAGGGACCGAGCUUCAGCGCGCCAAUAACAAACGUGACGGUCCCAGUGGGUAGAGAAGCCAUCCUCGCCUGUGUCGUGGCGAAUCUCUCUACAUACAAGGUGGCAUGGCUGCGGGUGGACACGCAAACCAUCCUGACGAUAGCCAAUCACGUGAUAACGAAGAAUCACAGAAUCGGCGUCACGCACAGCGAGCACAAAACGUGGCAUCUACACAUACGUGAUGUCCGCCAGAGCGACCGGGGCAACUACAUGUGCCAGAUAAACACUGACCCGAUGAAGAGUCAGAUUGGUUAUUUGGAGGUUGUAGUUCCACCGGAUAUCUCGGACGACUCGACCAGCACAGACAUGGUGGUCAGAGAAGGCAGUAACGUUUCGCUGCGUUGCGAAGCAACAGGCUCACCAAAGCCAAACAUCACCUGGAGGAGGGAAGACGGCGAGUUGAUUAGUCUGGGAAAGAAUCUGGAAGUGCCGAGCAUUGAAGGAUCGAUCUUCAAUAUCACAAAAGUGAACAGAUUGCAAAUGGGAGCUUAUCUCUGCAUCGCAUCUAAUGGCGUGCCGCCGACGGUCAGCAAGAGAAUUAUGCUCGUUGUACAUUUUACUCCAAUGAUUUCGAUCCAGAACCAAUUAGUGGGCGCUCAAGAAGGCCAACAAAUGACGUUAGAAUGUUACUCUGAAGCAUAUCCGAAAUCCAUCAAUUAUUGGACAAGAGAGGAUGUCAUUAUAUCAAACGGCGACAAGUACGAGUCGUCUUUCUCGGACAACACAUACAAGAUGCACAUGAAACUUAUGAUACGUUCGGUGGCGAUGUCCGAUUACGGCAGCUAUAAAUGCAUAUCUAAAAAUUCUCUAGGCGAGACGGACGGCAGCAUAAAGCUUUAUCAUAUACCAACGCCUACCACGGAACCGACGACGACAAGCACGAUGUCCAUCCCUACUACUGUGGAUUUAGUGGAGAACAUCCAAUGGUCGCGACAAAAGCCCGUGCCCAGUUUAGAACCGAGCUCUAAUGAAAUAACGGACGCAUCUUUGUCGACUGUCAUCAGAAGUGAAGAGACGCGACUUCGCAGCAGACCGAACCACGAAGAGCCGAGUCACGAGGCCGAGAACGUCAUCAACAACCUCGACAAGCACAAGAACGUCGACGGUAACAUCGGACCGCGUAGGAUUGAUAACACGCCGCAGUCGAUGUCCUCGAAGAGCAGCACGUGGCAUUGCGUGACUCGAUCAAGCGCGGUGAUCUGCAUAAUAGUGCUCUCCGCCUUGUCGUAGUCGUCACGACGCGGGAACGAUACAGAUCGCUCGAGGUCUAUCCCGUUCCAAGAUAAAUCUCUCCUCUCUCAUCCGUGUAAGGGAUCAAUUAAUCGACGAGUUAAGGGUGAAUAGCGCACUCACCGAAAGGAUCCAUCGCUGCAUACGACAGCAUACGCCGAAUGUCUUUAUGAGAGAAAAAAUAUUAUACUAUUAUCAUACUAUAACCGAACCCACGCGCCUCCUCGUUGAAUAACUGAGACACUGUCUCUCUACUGAGAAAUUUGCACCACAACGGAUUCCGUUUGCGUCAAGUCGUAUAACGACUUGUCCAGGUUUCACCUUUGACUGAAAAUACUGUAGUAAAAAUUACAACAAAGUUUUGUAAUCUUGGAUCAUACAGAGAUUAUAAUCCAAAUGACUACAUAUUUGUAUAAAAAUGUUAUGCAAGUUUAACUUUUUACUUCAAAAUUAUUCUAAUUACUUAAUUUUUUUCUUAAAUAUAUUCGGCACAUCUGUUUCUACAUGGAGAGAAUUGUAAUAAGAAUUACUAUAAUAUUUUGUAAUUGAGGAAUAGAUCGAUAUUCUGCAAUAAUUCGUUAUUCUUUAAUUUCAUAUAUGCUACUUACAUUCUAAGAAUUAAAAUCUGCUAUUAAAACACUUGCUAUGUUUCUAGUGAAAUCUGCUAUGUUUAUAGCGAAAUUUACUAUGUUUCAUAGCAAGAUAACUUACUGACAGUCCAUUCUUGAAUUGUUAAAAACAUAGUAAAUUUUAAAGUUUUAAAAAAUUUCUAUGAAAAAGAAAACACUAUAUUUUCUUCGUGUACAGUAAUUUAUAUGACAAUAUUAUUAUGAUGCAACUCUUUACUACGAUAUUCUCUCCAUGUAGGAAGGUGCAUUCACGUCGACAAAAGAAAGAAAAACUGCCUGUAGACAAAAUUGCGGGCGAGAAAUCGCUCCCAUUCUGAAAUGAACGUAUCUCUUUAUUUCCAACAAAUUGUUACGUAAAAGUCAUCAACGUAUGAUUUCAAACAAAAUCUCUUCGUGUCGUUAUCGAUAUUUGUUGACAUUAUUAUAUUUACAACGUGUGUGCCGGAUUGUUUGUCGCGAUUCGGAAAUAAAUAAAAUAAUUUACGCGAUAAUGCAUACGAUACCUGCCGCAGCAAUAGGAUUAAUGGAUUCGCGUUUGUCGGCUUCGUUUCGCGCGCACGUGAGCCAAACCCACGCGCACCCCAAGUUUGUUUGUUUUUUUCACUUGAUCGGAAAUAUAUCCGCUGCUUCGUAAGAGCGAUCGAUAAUCGUCCCGGGUUGCCGGCUAGUCAGCGGAGUUUCAUUUAAGUCUAGCUGUCGGACGUUUCUCGGAAAUGACCCGGAGUGACGACGAUUUUUCUUAUCUGAUUCCAUCGUCAUCGCCAAAUUCUCUCUAAUCUUUCUCUUGUCAAGGAAAAAGGGAGAAGGCUUUCGAAUCGCGCUGAUCGUUAACGAAACGAGAUCUUCCAAUUUCCUUCAAAGAACACAACUCGGAUUUUCGCUUUCAUGUCCGGACGACUCGCCGAAAAAGCUUCCGUGUUCGAUUCGCAAUUAUAUAUCGCCGGGAGGAUCGAUCGCGAUGCUGUAAUGCUGUCGUUUUAGAAAACAGCCAGUUUUUUCCACUUCGUGUUUUGCUUAUUUGCGCCUAGAUGAUUCUCAGUGCGGAGGAUUAAUCAAUCUACCAAACUAACAAGGAACAUUCGCGAAGUGUACGUUUCUAAUUUCGAUGAAACUUGGCAAUUUAUACAGUGGCCAAAAAUAAGAGACUCAUAUUUUUUUUAUCGGCAAUGGCGCAGGUUUAAGAGGUGAAACUCAAAGUUUCAUGCUAUCUCUGUAACUAUUGGAGAUAGAAAAAAAGCUUUUAGACAAAAGUUAUGUGUUUUUUUUAUAAAAAAUAAAAUGGGCUAAAAAGUUUUUUUUCUAUCUCCAAUAGUUACAGAGAAAGCAAAAAGAGCAUGAAAACUUUAAGAGGUAGUUUCACCUCUUAAACCUGAGCCAUUGCCGAUGGCUUAAAAAAAAUAUGGGUCUCUUAUUUUUGGCCAUUCUAUAAAUAUGCCAAGUUUCAUCGAAAUCGGAGACACACACUUCGCGAAUAUUCCUUGUAAGUGUAUAAAUUAGUAUAUAAGUUUAGAAAUUAAAGGAAUGUAACGUGCGACACCGAAAGAACAAGUCGCGGAUGGUGCAUAAGAUGCAACGAAACACACAGUCGGAACUUGUACAUUUCCAGAAUCAAUAAUUUGCAUAUACUUGUAAAUAACACUACGAUCGUACGGACUUUCGCGCGAUAUUGUCGCUGUACUAAUUGUAUCGAUAAGGACGGUUUUGUACAUACUAAGUCUCUUCGAGCGCGCAUAGAAUAAGAGUAUGGGUAGUCGUCGACGUUUUUAUAUAUGUGGAUGUGAAACAUUAUCGUAUCCCCGACACACCGUGAAUGUUCGAAAGAAGAAACCGAAUCCCCGAUAAAAAGUAUAUCCGAGUCUCUUUCUCGCGCUGUCCCUGCGAAAUUUCGACGAAAGCUGUUUUGAGUUUUCACGAUUGGAAACGUAAUGUUCCUACACACAACUGCAUACGACAUGACUAGUUGAGACUAUUUUCCAAUUGUGAAGAUACACACGUCAAUAUAGUCGUGUAAGAUAAUUUACGUACAAAAGUCUCACAUUAUACACGAUCGGAGAUUAAUAUCUUGUAUUCACACGCCGAAAAUAUUUGAAAUAUUUUUGCGAUGUAUAAUUUAUAUCUUCAUUAUUGUACCGUAUGUGAAUAAAGGAGGUAUUUAAUGUAUCGAUUUGAAACCCGCGACUGGGAAAUGCUCACGAGCGCACCCCUCCAACGCGCAUGGCAAGUUUCACGCGAGAAAAUGGCGCGACGCUCAAAACACACGCCGAGAAACGGUCCCAUCUACACCGACGUGAGGUGGUCCGACAUUGACCCACGUCCGCUCAAUGAAACAAUCGAAUUUUGCAAAUUAAUUUAAGUGUUUAAAACACACAUACACACGCACACACACUACAUGUCAAACUGAACACGACACGAUCUCGAGACGAACAGUGUAUACUCUAUGUCUCAACUCAGGAGCUCUCCCUAGAGAGAGUCCACGUGUAAAUAUUAAUUACGAAGUAUAUUACGAUCGUAUGUUGUAAAGUGGAUGGAAUCCCUGUAAAUAAUUGCAGCCGGCUUUGUAUCAUGUUAUAGAAUGGUACACGAUCUAUUAUGAUGACGCGUGUGUGUGUAGCUCUACUUUCUAUAGAUAAAAUCUAAUGAAAUGUACAUAUAUUUGUUACACAAUGUUAUAUAUAAAUUAUCAUUUAUCGCGGUUAUUUAGAAUUUUUCACAGUCCCCUCGCUCGUUCAACUCUCGAGGCGUGCGUGAUUUUUCCACAUUUUGAGCCCGUAACCUCGAGGUUGAAGGUAGUCAAAGUUGGCGCAAGAGCUUCAAAUCACACACACAGGAUGUAUCGUCUCUCGAGACAUCCAGUGCUCGAGAAAAUCAGUCAUGCUUAUUGUGAAUGUCCACGUUACACGUCGUGUACCACUCGAAUCCAAAUUUCUGUUAGUUGUACUUACCGGUAGCGCCCGUCGAUGCGAGAAAAAUCUAUUUCAGUGAGCUUACUACCGCUUCCUAGAGGCUAAUAUAUUCGCACAGAACUUUAAAAUGAGAUUCCAUAGACGAGGAAAUUCCGAAAAGUAUUGUAAAGAGAAUUAUGUUUCCAGUGCCGUAGUCAGUAGCGACAAAACAUGUUGUAAACUGAAUGGACGAAUGCAAAUGGGAUGAAUAAAUAUCGAAUGUUUAACCCA